GAAAUUGAUCUAAUUGGCAGCCAAGUUUGCGAAACUUCGCACAUCGCUUACCGUGCUUGACUUUAAAUUAGCCCAAUCUCCACUUCAAGAUAUUCAAUAUCAGAAUCUUUUAUUAUAAUAUCAAUAAAUUCUUAAGUUAACACAGAUGCGUGCUUAUUAAACUGUCAAUAAGAAGAAAUAUUUCGAUGAAAAGAUUUAUACUUUGUUAUAGCUCUCGCAAGACUUUCUUAUGCGUCUUACUUAUGUGCGUUAAAGAAAACGAAAUUUUUGAGUGAAAUUAUGUCUCUUAUCAUAUAAUCACAUCUCGAAUAAAUCUAAAGUGAAAUUAUAGCCAGCCCUAUUAGUUUCUUAUCGGAAUAUGAAUACGACAGACGAUGUGACAGAACGAGCAGAAAAAUUGAAUCGAAAAACGUAUGACGUAUUUUUUAUUUGUACGAUUAUUAGACUAUUCUAAGUGGACUUUCUAAGUGGAUAAUAUAACACGAUGACGAUGCCGUUGGUCGUCGCAUCGCUUUUCAAUUAAACGAGUGCAGUUCUGUCGAGUGCAUUAAGGUGUUUGUUUCUCUAUAUUCUAUACCUUCCUUAUUUAUAUUAUUUUAUCUCCAUUUGUUUUAUCGGUCUCGCAUUAGGUCAGUCUACAGAAUUGUAAUAACAUAUCGUGAACACGAUAGCGCGCUAUCAAACGAAAGAGAAUUUUUUUUUCUAACGAGGAAAUAAAUAUGUACAAUACGGAAUCGCGACGAUUUCUCGGUAAAAAGAAGCCUACAGAAAAAUCUGUAGAAGAUUUUCACUCAAACAGCGAUACUCAAACAAUAGUAUCGCAAAGACAUCCUAACGUUGUUGAAUGCGAAAGCUUACUAACAUCGAUAAAUAAGCAUGAAAAUAAUCAUCCUGCUGCGUCUACAGUUGAAAAAACAGAAGGAAAACAAACUGAAAAAUAUGUAAACAAUAAGACAGAAUCAAAUAUCAACCAUACUAUACAAAAUCAUUCAAAGGAAGACGAUAUUAGUAUAUGCAAUGAAAAAACUCCUCAAGUCCUCCAAGAAGCAACCAAAUCGAUAGAGACAAAAAAGACGUUAAAAAAAUCGAAAAGAAAGAAACGAACAUUUUCUUUACUCGAUGCAUUAAUCUCAGUGAGUAUAAUCGGGCCUUUAGCGAUCAGCGUUUGGAGAGGAGUAUGGACAUGGAUGGAUCUUCAUUCGCAAUUAUUUCCCGGCUGGUUUUGUUUCACGUUCGGCACAGCAUUACAUGUAACAUUCGCAAUUUUCAAGGAUCGAUUUCACGAUAUUUAUACAAACAAAUGGGCUGAAUUAAAUUGGCGAAAGCGACUGUUUUAUCGUGCGUUACGAAUUUUGUACACUUAUACUUUCGGAGUGGCGUGCAUCACACAUUGGCGGGGUGGUUGGAUCAUCAUCGAUAAUUAUCUAUUUACAUACGUAUGGAUAACAAUGGCUUUGAUGUGUUCACUACUGGUGUGCUUGGCGGUUCUACGUUGCAUUCGGAAUUUAUUAGCAACCCCAUUUAUAAUCUUCGUUGAUAUACCGAGUUACGUUUUUCAAUUUCCUACCAGAUAUAAAGUGGUGAUAAUACACCUAAAUAAUUGCACACUUAUAAUUGCAAAAGAGCUAUAUGAUUAUGUAUGAUAACACAUUUGUGUAAUUAGAAAAGAGAGCGUAUUUUAUACACUAUUGAAGAGAGCGCGC